GACAGGCUUACCCACAGAACUGACAUCCUUCGGCUCCUUCCUGCCCGGGCAGCAAGGGCUACUCACCCACAUACUAUAGUGGCCACUUUCCUUGUGUCUGUUCCUGUUAUGCAUCGUCAACACUCGUAUUAAGAGCACCAGUCUUUACUCUGUUAGAGGCACCCCAAUGGCUACAGAAGUGAGGGCCCAAUUGGCAGAGCAUUCACUGCCGAGUCCAAAAGGUGAACCGAAUCUGGAAAAGAAGUCGGGGUGCCAGCCAAGGAGGCAUGGGGACAGCGGGCCACAGAAAGAACCGAUGAUCCCAGGGAUCGUGGAUUUCAAGCUGAUCCAAGAGGCAGUGAGGACAUCCAAGCCCCAAACCCCCAGUGCCUACCGCUUUGGUCGCCUCAGCCACCACUCCUUCUUCUCCAGGCACCACCCCCAGCCCCAGCACGUGACCCACAUCCAAGAUCUCACCGGGAAGCCUGUCUGCGUCGUCAGGGAUGAGCUCUCUCUGGCCACCUCUCCUCAAGCCACACUCUUAUCCCGCUACCUGAUCAGGAUGCCCACCAUCUCGGUGCCUGUUGGAGACCCGCAGUCCAAUCGGGACCCCCGGCUUUAUUCUGAAGGAGGAGCCUCAGCGGGAACAGGGGGCAAAGUACUCAGCAGAGACUGGCAGGCUCAUCCCUGCUUCUACCCAAGCCAUGGCCCGCCGCCACUCCCACCAGGGCCGAAACCAGCCUGCAAGCAGAGAUGGAGGAGACCAGACCUUUGUCCUACAGGAUCAGGAGCUGCUGAUCCUGGAACUGCUUUCGCAAAUUCUGCAGACAGACUCCUUGAAUGCUAUCCAGUUCUGGCUACUCUACGCGCCCGCCAAGGAGAAAGACAUGGCACUAGGGCUCCUGCAGACCGCGGUGGCUCAGCUCCUUCCCCAGCCCCUAGUGCCCAUCCCAGCCGAAAAACUCCUGAACCAGCUCCUGGAAGUUCAAGACUCACUUCAAGAGAGGCACCAGCUACCCUACAGGGGCACCUUCCCUACCUCCCUGCCCGCCCUGUCACUCAGCUGGCUGUCUGGCUCCAGCCUGACCUUCCUAGCUGUCCUUGUGUUGGUUUUAGCCAAUCCCCGAAGAAGAUGAAGACACCACCUCUACCAAAAAGCGAAAAACCAGAGAACAUUGGAAAAGCUCAAGUUCUUCGAGUGCACUCCAGCCAGAACCCAGAAGAGAAGGCGGCAAAGGCAGAGGGCUGAGGAGUCUGCGCCUCGCACAGGAAAAGCCCCUGAGUUCGAAGACUCUGUCCCUAAGUCCUCAGCAGCAGUACUGGUUUUCCUAUCAUGUGGAGCCCAUUAAACUACUGUCUUCCCCUUAAGAGGACAGCGCCACUCUCCCAUCAGCAGGAGGUCUCUGUGCUUAUGGAGUUUGCUCCGGGAAGGGGGAUGAGCUGAACCAAACCAUCCCGACUCCCUUGGAGAAAGCCUCCCUGUGUGGGGCUUCCCUGCUUCUGUUUGCUUCCAGAGAAUCAAAGGGCAAGGGGUAGACAGGUCUGUGCUCAUCCCUGAGCCAGGACUCACAGGGCUCUGGGUAGAUUAGCGCAGAGGUGGGGAACUCAAAGGCCGCUUUAGAAGACUCACCCAUAGCAACGAUUGAAUUCCUACCAGACAUUGGGGCAGGACUAAGGUACUAGCUACUGAUGAACACUCUGAAUUGUUGUAUGUACUUUAUAUGUGGUACCGUAUCUGAUGCUCACCCAAAACCAUAGGAGGUAGAGAAUCACUGUCAUUUUCUAGACGAAUAAACUGAGUGACUGUCAGGUGAAUCAGCUUGCCCAAGGCCACAUAAUAAAGUGAGAACCCAGGAUCCAAACACAA